AUGUCUUCCAAUAGCUCCGAUCUUCUGCAAAGCGUUAUUGACGCUCAUGGUGGUCGAGAAUACUGGGAUUCGGUUCUGUUUCUCGCUGUAGAGUUUGAGUUCUCGGGGCCGGCGCUGGCCAACAAAGGGCAUCCCGGGCCUCAUGACGUCAAGAUAAUAGUCGAUACAAAAACGCAAAAAGUCACCAUUGCGAAAUUUGGACCCUAUUACGGAUCUUGGUCACCCGAGCGCACUGAAGUUGCCAAGAUUGGUUCUCCAGAUCCGUUGGACGUUCGAGAGAAUCCGAGGGCCGCAUUCGACUCACAUACGUAUGAGUCGAAAUGGGAUGCCCACAAUCUCAUCUAUUUCAUCGGCUAUGCGUUUUGGAACUAUUCCAACUUUCCAUUCCAUCUUCAAUCAUCGGACAUCCAGACCAGCGAGGUAGAUGGAUCGACGCUUGAGAAUGGCGAGAAAUGGACAACGUUGGAAGUUGUGCACCCUGACGGAUACCCAACACACACAAAAGUCCAGAAAUUUGACUUUGAUGCUGAAUAUCGGCUGCGGCGCAUGCAAUAUCGCGUGGAUGUGAUGAAGCAAGGCCCUCCGGUGUGGCAUACUUGCUACAACCAUGCCGUCUCUGGCAAGUUCGUUUACCCAACUCUACGAGUCGUGAGCGUGACUGUCCCGGGUAAAUCUUUCUUUUCUCCUUUUGUUUUGAACAACAUUUCAGUGGAACCUAUUUACUUUUAG